AUGAAUGAAGAAUCAGACUAUAGACAAUUCGAGCUACCUCGAACCUUUUCAAAAAAUAACUCCCGUGAAUUCAAUUCUAGAGUCGGCGUCGGCGAGCUUCCGACACUUCCUGCGCUCGAGGCAAAGGAAACAGACUUGGCUGAGAUCAGCCAUCAGGGACCUCCACAGACGCCAGAAUCACAAUUUGUUGAGUUCGACUUGAGCAGCAAGCUGCUGGAGCCGCAUAUUGUUAGCACUGACGACGUCACGAAACGACACCAGCAUAAAAUAUCAGAAGUCUCGGCAGAAUAUCCUGAGAAUGAAGAGGAGGUGAAGAAGGAGAAGCCGGAAGAGGACUUUUUCAAUUCAGGCACCAGUGACUGGAAGGAAGUGAAGAAAGUAGCCAAGGAGGAUUUUUUUGAUGAGAGAGGCAACCUUGAGUUUACUAGAGACAGGGAGUGUGACAUGCUUGACCAUAGAGAUGCUCGAGGGUAUACUAAGAUAGACACCGAGGAGCAGUUAAACAAGUACGCUAGGCUUGAUAGAAAAACAGAUUUCUUGUUUGAGCUUCAGGGGCUGCGGAACCAAAAGGAUUGCGAAGAUGAAGAUGACGAAGACACCUUUGACUACGGAGACGAGGCAAUUGAUUCGAAGGAGACUCUUGCUGGUACAAGAGGGCUUCUAACAGAAUCCCAAAAAUUUGCAUAUAUUGGUAUGGUGAAGCUUAUAACAGUGGAUAUGGCCACAGAAUUGGCGAAACUAAACCAAAGAACGACGUUUAAAAUGUCGAAACCCAUGAGCCUAGCACAGAAAAAUUUUUCGAACUGGACAAGAUACAUCAUGUCCAAAUUGGAGGACCAUCUAGAUCUCAAUAAGCAAGAGAAGAACAUGAUAGAAAAUUUAAGCGUUCAUGGAGUCCAAGUGGAAGACUUAUCACAGAGUUUGUUGAUGCUUGAGACGCAGAAGCCUAUCGUUCAUCAGCUAUCCAAAGAAUUUGAUUUACGCUGGGUUCUUGUGUGUGACUUGUUUUUGCUACUUCUUAGUGAUGGGUACUACGAUUGCAGAUCGAGAACACUCCUCAUCAAAUUUGCCAAUUAUUUGGGAAUUCUCAACAUCGAGAUUUACCAAUUUGAGCGAAGACUUAUAGAGAGUUUGGAAUUGGAUACAAGUCACAAAACCAUCGAGAACAGAGACGAUAAGUUGAGUGACAGGCUGUUCAUUGAGAAGCACAUUCAAAAGAAUAAGAGAAAGAGAUUGGCAUAUAUAGGAAUGGCAACAAUCGGCGGCUCGCUUGCCAUUGGGUUAUCUGCUGGUUUGUUGGCUCCAUUGAUUGGUGCCGGUUUGGCUGCUGGUUUGACCACUGUGGGUAUCGGUGGCACUAGUGGGUUUUUGGCAGGCGUCGGUGGCAGUGCAAUUAUCACAACUGGUGGUGUAGCAGCAGGUGCUAAGAUGGGGUCGAAAGCAGGCGCACGAAGGACUGGCGAUGUUCACACGUUUGAGCUUAAACCUUUACACAAUAACAAACGCACCAAUUUAAUCAUUACCGUCAGUGGCUGGAUGAACGGUGAUCUAGAUGAUGUGCGACUCCCAUUUUCCACAGUUGACCCAGUUAUGGGUGACAUGUUCUCGUUGCUUUGGGAGCCGGAAAUGUUAAGGUCUAUGGGCCAAACCAUUGGUAUUCUUGCAACUGAAGCGUUGAGUACGUCUAUUCAGCAGAUUCUUGGCGCCACCAUUCUUUCAGCGUUGAUGUCUGCCAUUCAGCUUCCCAUGGCCCUCUCGAAACUUUCGUAUUUGCUUGACAAUCCAUGGAAUGUGUCUCUAGAUAGGGCGUGGAAAGCAGGUAAAAUUCUUGCUGACACUUUGAUAUCAGGAAAUUUAGGUGUCAGACCAAUCACCUUGGUUGGAUUCUCCCUCGGCUCUCGAUUAAUCUAUUCUUGUCUUAUUGAUCUUGCCAAUCGUGGUGGAUAUGGUUUGGUGGAGAAUGUGAUUCUACUUGGAAAUCCUGUUGCCGUGAAGUAUGAACAGAUCACUUUGGCACGCUCAGUCGUCAGUGGUAAGUUCAUCAGUGGGUAUUCGAAAAACGACUGGAUCCUUGGCUACCUUUUUAGAGCAACUGGUGGCGGUCUUCUGUCCGUUGCGGGUUUGUCUCCUAUUGAAAAUAUCCCUGGCAUCGAAAAUUUUGAUUGCACUGAAAUGGUGGAGGGUCAUAUGGCAUACAGAAGGGCUGUUCCAAAGAUUUUAAGAGCAAUGGAUUGGGAAGUUUUGAGCGACGAAUUCGCUGAGAUUGAAGAACCUGACUCAGAACAAGGAGAGAGACAACGAAAACUUAUUACUGAGUUCGACGAGGCCAGGGCAAAGAUGGAGAAAGAAAAAAUGGAAGAAGCUCAGAAAGAUCAGAAGUCUUGGAAGAGCUGGUUCAAGCCCAAGCAGAAGAACUGGUGGGGUGUACUCGAUGAGGCAGCGAAGCAGGAGGAUGCAAAUGCCAAUCAAGGCGACCGAUUUGAAGAGUACGAGGAGUCAAGCACCCAAACUACCGGUGCUCUAAGGAAAGAAGACAACCAAUGCGAUUCCGGUGAAGCCAUUUUUGACUUAGACGCCUUGGCAGAGGAGAUCAAUGAUAUCGAAAAGCUCGGGGAACAAGAUGACGAGCAACUCAAGAAAGUCCGUCAAGAAGUUGAUACCGCACCGAAGACACAGACGUUGAAUGAAGAUAUCGAGCUUGAGCAACAACCAGCUACGAUGCUUCAAAACAUCAAAACCAAACUUCCAACAGCUUUUAAAAAAGACAGUAGUAGUGGAUGA